AUGAGGCUGGGCAGACUAGUCUACCUCCUCGCAGCGCUCCUUUUCUGUGCCCUCGUGCUCGCCGACUCGGCGGCGCAAGUGCCGCUGGACGUCGACGAUGCCGAGGGCCAACCAACAGACCAAGCGCCCCCUUCGGACUACACCGACGACUAUGUGGACCAGGACGGUGGACAGGUCCUUGACGGCAAGUUUCUUUCUUGCCAAGGCUCCACGCUGACUUUGGAUACAGUGUGCGCACCGCUAGUGGAAGCUCGCGAAAUCCUCCAGGCACUCCAGCCCCGGGUCAACGCGCACCUGCCCAAGAGUCUCGGCGGGUUUGCUCCGAGCCAGUCGCUCGGCGACCAGCUUGGCUGGGGCCAUGAUGGACCGCUGUCCAAUGCCGUUCGCCUCCUUCCGCGCGUCAUCUCUGCUCUCAACCCGCUCAACCUCGUCAGCAAGAUUCCCGCACCAGAAUGGAAGACACGCGUGUCCCGCGCCACCAAGGAGCGGGCCGACCGCAUGCUCGAGCUGCUGGACGAAGCCAAGGCGGCGGGAUGCAACGAUGCGCUCGCCCUACACGCCGAGGUGCUCAUGUUCCCACCAAAGGGCGUCAACCAGGACCUGACCACGGCGUUUACCAUGUACCUACAGUUCCUCACACGAUCGUCCGACCCCCACGCCCAGUUCAUGGUCGGCUUCUUCUAUGCCUCGGGCCUCGGCGGCGCAGCCCGCGACCAGGGCAAGGCGACGCUCUACUACACGUUUGCGGCGCUGCAGGGCUACAAGCCGGCGCAAAUGGCCCUCGGGUACCGGUACUGGGCCGGCAUCGGCGUCAAGGAGGACUGUCACACUGCGCUCGACUUUUACGAGUCGGCGGCCAAGAACGCAUACGACACGUUCCGUGGCGGCCCACCUGGCGGCAUGACGCUGCUUCUGACGCGGACACGCCUCUCGGACCGGUUUGGCGGCAUCUUUGGCCCGCGCGCGUCGUGGGCGUCGACAGGUGCCAACGCCGCCCGCCCGGCCGUGCAGGCCAUCAUGGCCGCCGCGGCGGGCGAGAGCGAGGCCGAGGUGCUCGAGUAUUACCAGUACCACUCUGAGCGCGACUCACCCAAGGCGACCAACCGCCUCGGCAGGUUCUUCUACCUCGGCUCGAUCCACACGCACGGCCACACGCUCUCGGCCGGCGCCGAGGCCGUCGGCGAGAUCCCACAGAGCUUUGAGAAGGCGCGCAAGUACUUUUUCUACGUGGCGCGCAAGCUGUGGCCGUCCGAGUUUGACGCCAACGGUAAUGUGGUCCCGCGCAGGAAGAUGUCCAAGCAAGACGAGGAGAAGAUUGCCUCGUACGCACGAGUGGCCGCGUCAUAUAUUGGUCGCAUGGCUCUGCGCGGCGAAGGAAUGCCGCAAGAUUUCCGUCGGGCACGUCUGUGGUUUGAGCGUGCCGCCGACUACGGCGACCCCGAGGCGUACAAUGGUCUCGGCAUCAUUUACCGCGAUGGUCUCGGUGUACCCCCCAACCGCGACCGGGCCCUCAAGUACUUUGAGUCGGCUGCCAGUGCCGAGCUGCACGAGGCUCAGGUCAACAUUGGCCGCGUGCUCAUCGAGGGGGGCAAGCCGCUCCAGGCCGUACCCUUCCUCGAGGCCGCGUUGCGCAACGGCUCGCCGUUUGAGGCAUUCCACCUCCUGGCCUCGAUCCACGCGACGGCCGCUCGCCUCCCCGGAGCUGCGGGCGACGCAGGCGCCUGCGGUGUCAGUGUGGGAUACUACAAGCUCGUGUCCGAGCUCGGCGCGUGGGACGACGACUACCUCGGCGAAGCCGACCGCGCGUGGGCACGAGGCGAGGAGGACAAGGCCAUGCUCGGCUGGUGGAUCGCUGCCGAGAUGGGCUACGAGGCCGGCCAGAACAACGUCGCCUUCCUUCUCGACCGUGGGCUAACGCUUGGGUCCAUGCCAGAGGACACGGUGCUUGCGCUCUGGACGCGCAGUGCGGCGCAGGGCAACGCCGAUGCCAUGGUCAUGGUGGGAGAUUACUACUACCGCGGCGACGCGCCCGUGCCCGACGUCAACGAGACAGAAGGCAGUGGCUACCCUCUUGCCCUCCAAUACUACCAGACCGCUGCCGACAAGCAGUCAUCCAUGGCGUACUGGAACCUCGGCUACAUGUACGAGAAUGGCCAGGGCGUCCCACAGAGUUGGCACCUGGCAAAGCGUCAUUACGAUUUGUCACUCGAGCACAGCGCCGACGCCUACCUUCCAUGGCUCCUGAGCCUGACCAAGCUUUACCUGAGGAGUUGGUGGGUCGACGUGCGUUCAGGCGGUGCCAUCCCGGGUCUGGCGCUGUUCGAAGAUGGGCCCGAUGGACCUGGAUUGUGGGAAGGCUUAAAGGCCCUGUUUGUCGCGCCGGUCCUCGAGGACGCCGGUGAUGGCGAGUAUGAAGACUACUCGGGAGCUGGCUGGCAGGGUGCCGACCUUGAUGACCUGGACGACGACCUGAUUGGAAGUCUAAUGAUUCUCGCCCUCACCGGUGUCAUCCUGGGCCUGGUGUGGUUGCGCGGAAGCUCUCCCAGCGCGCAGGCAUCGGCCGCCAACAACGCCCACGCCCAGGCGCUGGCCAACCUGACUGGCAACGGCGCUACGCGGUCAACCCCGCCAAGUCAUGUAUCGACACCGGGGCUGAGCGCGACGCCGCCCGAGUCGUCGCCCACGCCGUCCAAGCUCAAGCGCUUGAGUCUAGUGCCGCGCACGUCGACGCCGCGCCGAAGGGCCGAGAGCGGGUCCAGCACGGCCGGCUCACGCGACUAUGCCACGCCUCCUCCAGCAAUGUCUAGCCGGCGGCCGUCAUCUCCCUCAUCUUCGUCCACCCCUUCCCCUCCCUCCGCUCCUGGCUCGCCCACGCCCACGUCGACAGCGACAUGCUCGCCAGCAGUGUUGGCCACGACACCGGGCGCGGCGCCUACCAUCCGCGCGCCGCCGGCGGCCGCCAGCCCGACACCCAGGCGGUCUCGUCCAAGCUCGAUCAGCUACUCUCCCAGCACCGUACCGAACAUCUAUGCGCUGGGCAGUCCCAACAUGCGCCGCUUUGACCGCACCGAGCGUCGAAUGUCUGAAGAGGUCGGCGUGCGCAACGGCGGCAACGGCGUGGCCCCGUCUCCUCCAGCUGCGCCAGAGGCGCUCACGCUCGCCGAGAAACAUGCUGACCUUUUACGGACAAUUGCAAUGCGCGAGCGUCGUGUCAACGAGCUGCGGCAGGAACUGAACUCGCAAGAAACAGCACUCGCGGCACUGCGGUCACGGUGGACGUCCAUUGCGCGAGCAGACGCGGUCGCGCAGGGCCAGCAGCACGCCCCGCAGCCGCCGGUACAGUCGCCACCGUCGGCCGUGCAGGCCGCUCACUCGGCAGCGCAGUCGGCAGCGAGCCUUGGCGAAAAGGCCGCUGCGUACGCGCUGUCGUCGACGACGGCGGGAGCGUCUGCGCUCGGCGCCCUUGGCGGCCGCAGCCUCGGUGCUGUGCGCGCUGCGCGCACAAGCGGUAGCGGAAGCAGCAGCUCGUCGCUGCCGACCGUGCCCGACGACGAGCCAUUGCCGGCACAGGCGGGCCCGGACGGCGACGGUGCGCUGUCGAAUAUCUGGAGCGCGAUCACUGCGGACGCCGACGAGACAAUCCAAGAGGGCAAGCGGUUCUGGGGCCAGCUGCUCAAGACUGUCGGCGCGGCGGCCGGCGGUGCCGUGCCGGAGGAAACCGAGGAGGAGAGACGCACGCCUGAUGUCUCUGGUUUCCGCACCAUGCUGCCAGCAGUGUCGCUCAGCGCGCUGGGCGGCAGGAGGAACAGCACUAGCCACCCGUUGUCCAGCAACGCAAUCACCAGUCCUCCCCCCGCCGACACUUCCCUCCCUGCUACGGCGCCCGCGCCAGCCUCGCCGUCCAAGCGCAACUCGAUCCGGCUCCAGCGUCCGUCACUCACCCCCGGACCCAACCCCAACUCGAACCCCAUGGCGCGCAUGGGCUCGGGUACGUCGACCACGAGCCACACGAGCGCCUCGCGCUCGCUCCUCGACGACUCGGACGACGACACACCCGCCGGCGGUGCCGGACCGUUGCUCGAGCCCGUGCGCAAGAGCCCGUCGCCGUCGCCCCAGAACAGCCCGCUGGGGCCGCUCGACACGUCCGCAGCCUCUGGCGCAGCCGUGCACAGCCCCGCCAGCCCCGUGCGUCCAGUGACCGUCAUGCUGGACGGCAUGUUGUGGUGA